AUGAGACGCACAUUGUCUUGUUUGCUUCUCAAUGUAUCGACUGAAAGCCCAUCUUUUCGGGCCAAACCAGGUAUGUCCCACCCCCUCUUUGAGGCCUCUAUUAGCCCCUAUAAAGAGCAGUUCAAGGAUUUCUGGUCGACCCCCAUUCCCUUCGCCGACCGCGAGUACGGUAAGAAGCCCAAACUUGGUGAACCUAUCCCCACACGCAACGCCGCAACCGCCGUCGUGGUGGCGAAAAAUAAGUACAUCAAACCCGAGCUCAUCGAAACCGGGGAGGAUAAUGACUAUAAGAUUCUCAUGUUGUAUCGUGAAAGUAAACAGCGUUUAGCAAAAGAUCAGUUUGUCCUGCCUUCCCUUCCUGUGUCCAUUGAGGAUCGCAGCGAAGACUGGCAGAAGAUUUUACGGCGGCGAGGCGUGACUUCGCAGUGGCAGGAUUUGGAGCAUCGCCUUACGGCGAUGAGGGCGUUAUUCUCCUUUACGAACCUGUUGGUAAUCCCAAAAGAAGGGGGUGGCCUAGCAGAGGUGGAAGGCCCCCCAGGCCCUGGUAAAUGGCAUCUUAUAGUCCAUUCUAGGCCCAAAGCGAUGAAGAAUCUGAUAGAUAUCCUGGAAUUGCCGAUGGAGACGUCCCUUUCACAGUUCCUUCCGUUUCGGAAAAUUGUCACGCCCACUUCGGAGACCUUUCGGUUUGAUAACUUAGUCUACUUAAUCCCGUUUGAAAAAAUCCCCGACGUCCGGUACACCAUCACCACUGAGGGCGAGAAGCUGGCGUGGGUCUCCCCGAUGGAGGGGAUGGCCCGCUUUAACGCCGGGAUUAUGGAUAUGCCGACCCCUAACAUCGUUAUCAUGUCCGAGCUCGCGAACGAGUGCCCGACCUUUGAGGAGGUCCUCAAGCGGACAAACCAGGGAACACCGCGUUCGGUGCUGCCUGAGGUUUACCACCACGGCCAAACCCGGGUCGCGACGGUGCUCCUCCCGGGCGACCUCUUCCACGCCGAAACAACGGACGAGGACCGCCGCGCGAAGUAUGUGCGCCGCUUUGAGUACGAAAAAGACUACCCUUACGGCGUGAGGGCGAUCUUUUCGGAGCGCCCGGCGAGCCCGGAAGAGAUCACCGAGCCGCUGGUGAAGGAAACCCCCGUUCUGUUGGAAGAAGCGAAUGAGAACGAUAUGGCCUACGCGGAUGUGCCCUACCCCGUUCGCAGGAAAGAGAGGCUGCGCAAUGGAGAAACCCGCUACCCUGUACCACAGUACGUAUUAAAAGAUGGGAAGAUGGACAAAGAUGGGUUUAUCCCCUCCAAUAAUGAUUACAUGAACUUGCCAACAGAUGACAUGUACGCCAAGAUGAAAUAG